AUGUCUCGGUGGAUGAUUGAAAAACGAGGUGUCAAACAUAUAGCACUUAUGAGUCGUCGAACAUUAGUUCAACUUGAACAACCUUCAAAUCCACAAUAUGAUGAUUGGUUAAAAUUAAAACGAACAGCAAAACAAUAUAAUGCUCAUGUUGAUGUUGUUCAAGCAGAUGUAACAAAUUUUCAACAAGUUCAUGAUUUAAUUGAAAGAUUUCAAAAAACUUCUUAUCCUAUUUGUGGUAUUAUUCAUAGUGCUGUUGUUGCAGAAGAUCGUACUUUAGGUAAUUUAACACAAGAACAUUUAUCACUUGUUUUAUCAACAAAAUUUCGUGCUGCUUGGUAUCUUCAUCAGGCUACACAACUUCUUCAUGCACCUAUUCAUUUCUUUAUUAUGUUUUCAUCAAUUCGAAAUCAUUUACUUGAAGUUGCAUCUGCUGGUUAUAAUGCCGGUAAUCAAUUUCUUGAUGCACUUGCUCAUUAUCGUUUUGAAAAACUUAAUUUAAGAGCACUCUCAAUUAGUUUACCAGCUGUAAGUGGUGCUGGAAUGUUUCAUCGUCAUAAAGAAAUGCUCAGUACUUUAAAAGUUACACAAGGUUUUGAAUUAAUGCCAACAGUAACUAUAUUCGAAAUAAUUAAAUGUUUUCAUCAAACUCAAAGGAUUUGUCCAUGUCCUGUUAUUUUUGCUGUUAAUUGGCAAAUAUUACAUCGAAAUUAUCCAACAUUAGCUACAUCUUAUUUAAGAAAAGUAGUUCAUCAACGUUAUAAAGAGAUGAAAUUUGAUCACAUCUCAUCGUCAGGAAAAAACAAUUCCACUAAGUCUAGUAUGAAUAAAAAAGAAACUAUUAUUGAACGAACUCAAUCAGCUGUUGCACGAUUAUUAGGUGCAGCUAGUGUUGAUCGUUCACUUGUUAGUCAAGGUAUGGAUUCAUUAGCUCCUGUUUCAUUAUAUAAUUGGUUAGGUCUAGAAACUGGCAUUUAUAUACCAUUAGUUGAUCUUCUUCAAGGACUUUCAAUUGAAACAAUUGCAACAAUUAUUUAUAAUAAACUCAAUGAAAAAGAACAAACAACAUCAUCAGCUAUAAAAGAAUAUGAUUCCGAUUUUGAUUUAAUUAAUGAAAAUGAAGUUCAAUUAUAA